AUGCACCGUACCGCGGAGCCGAAUAGCCAAAUAGCCGAAUGCACCGAGGACGCCAUUUUGCUGAGGAUGGUGCGGAAGCUAGGCGGGCGGCACUGGAACAAGGUCGCGGAGAAGGUUCCGGGAAGGAGCGCCAAGAGCUGCCGGCUGCGGUGGUGCAACCAGCUGGACCCGGCCGUGAAGCGCGGUGCUUUUAGCGCAGAGGAGGAUGUGAUUCUCGCGCAGGCACACACGCGGCACGGGAAUAAGUGGGCGCGGAUCGCGAGGUACCUCCCUGGGCGGACGGACAAUGCGAUUAAGAACCACUGGAACUCCACUCUUAGACGGAAACGGCUGGGUGGUGGGAGUGGCGGUGCUGCUGCUGAGGCGUGCAAGGAAGAGGACAAUGAGAUAAAGAACCACUGGAACUCCACCCUGAGGCGGAAAGGACUGGGUGGUGGGACUGGUGGUGGUGGUGCUGCUGCUGCUGCUAAUGGGUACAAUGCAGCAGCGGAAGCAGCAGAAACGGAGGGAUUAAGUCUUCGUCCCCAUUGUAAUCAGACUCGACAACACACGGAAGCAGACGCUGCGUUUUCCACAGCCGAACUCCCUUCGCAUCCCCACAUCCUGCAAGCAGGAGCGACACUUGAGUCGAGUCAGAAAUCAACUUCUCCCCACACCCUACCAGGAGGCAAGAUAGAGCCUGGCGACCAACAUCAGGUCCUUCCAGGUGCCAUUGGGCCAGGGUGGUGGGAAUCAGAUCAGGAGAAAAGAGAAGCUAAGUCGAUGUUUGAAGCGCCUCAAGGGUCGUGGGGAGCAGAGCAGGGGAGAAGGGAAGCUAAGAGGAGGAAGGAGAGGAGCCAUGGGUCUCAGCAGCAGGGGAACAAGGUUGCAUAUGAUCCUACAUGUGGAGUGAUUCGAAGCGCUGAGGAUGAGGGUGAUUGUGAGGAAUGGUGGAAACCAAAGAAAGAGGCUCAGCAGCAGCAGCAGCAGCAGCAGCAGCAGCAGCAGUGGCAGCAGCAACAGCAACAGCAACAGCAACAGCAACAGCAACAGCAACAGCAACAGCAACAGAAACAGCAGCAAUCACUGGCAUCGUUACUAGCCGGCUCGAGCACACCACAGAUGUGGGACUCGUUUGAACGCGCACUAGGGUUAGGCGACGGUGCUGGAUGUCAUGAAGAGGCUGCCAAUAACGCGUAUAGGUUGCCCAGCAGCUUUGAGGAGCUGGGGACUGGCUCAAACUGGGCAGAAGUGAUGGAGGGCGUGGAUUUGCUGCCAGACAAGCUGUCAGAGAAAAUCAACGGUGAUGAUGAUGAUGAGCAGUUGGUUCCAACGGCACACGUUUCAGAGACCUUUUUCCGGCCAAGCAGCAAAGGGGAGCAGCUUCGCUCUGAUACCAGUGACCUGCUGCAGCAAGUGGACUGCCUGCUGGCUCUGCUGCGAGCUGCCAAGGGCUCCCCUUCUAGCCGGCUGCCCCUUCUAGCCGCAUGCCCCUUCUAG